AUGUCCCAGCCCACUUCCUCCAAAGCCAAGACGUCCUCCUCUUCCAGUGGUGCCGCCCCCACUUCGACCGGGUCAAGCUCCGGGUCCGGCUCCAACGCUACCCCAUCAUCCGGUCCCGCCGAAGUCGAAGGCGUCACCACGAUCGCAGAACAAGACCUCGAGAAGUCCAACCCUAGUCUUGGGGCGUACGAAGCCGCUCAUGGUGGAUUCAGGGAGGCGAUUCAAAAGCAUGCCGAGGCGAUCGACGCGGCCUCGACGGAGAAGACCGGUCAUAACCUCAAGGGCAAGACCGUCGUCAUCACCGGUAAGUGCACGAGAGGGAGGUUAGGCUCCUAUGCAAAUUAGCUUCGCGGAUGACUGAUCUCAUGUCGCCCAUGUCGCGUUUGCCUUCGCCGUUACCCCGGAUCAUCUGCUGUCUUCCGCCGCCGGCUCUGCAGGCGCCGGGUCUGGGUUUGGCCGAGCUUUCGCCGAGAAAGCCGCGGGCUAUGGGUCAGUUCUUCCCACCAUCAUCGCAUAUCAGCAUUAAACAUCCGAAUACUUUACUGAUCGGAUACAAACGUUCUCACUCCUACAGCGCCCACGUCGUCAUCUCUGACCUGAACGUCAAAGCCGUCCAAGAGACCGGUCACAGGAUCCAAACCAACGGCGGCCUCGUCAAGGUGUACCCGAAACCUUGCAACACCGCUUCGUGGGAUUCGCAGAUCGAGAUGUUCGAUUUUGCGGUCAAGCACCAUGGGGUGAUUGACGUCGUCGUUGCGAAUGCUGGUGUGGGUGAAUGUGGAGAGUUGAUGCAUGAUGAAUUCGAUUCCAAGGGCAAGCUCAAGGUGAUGAAAUUUGAUCCACCAUUUGGGAUUAUGCUGUCCCAGACGACGUGCUGAUCCUUUAUCAUCCUCAAUAGAAACCCGUCCUAACCACGAUCGAAGUCAACCUCCUCGGAGCGAUGUACACCGCCCGUAUCGGAUUCUACCACUUAGCGCGCAACUUGAAGAACAAGUCCAAGGCGCUCGUCUUCCUUGGGUCGAUGGCGUCGCAGAAUGGGUUGCCCAAAGGUCCGAUGUACGGGAUGGCCAAGCAUGGGAUUCUGGGCUUCUUCCGAUCCAUCUAGUGAGUCGAAUCAGAAACUUCAGCCGAGGCCUUAAAAUUGGCCGAUAACCAGUAGCUGACGGUUCUCUUCAACCUCUCAGCUACGACUGUGAAGCCGCGAACAUCCGCAGCAACAUCAUCUGCCCCUGGUUCAUCGACACCGGUAUCAUCGCGCCUCUGAACCGCGCAGGUCUCUUCGGUAUCCCCUUGGGCAAGAUCGAAGACGUCGUAGCAGGCAUGCUAAAAUCCGCUUCGGACCCUUCUUUCCAUGGAUACCAAGUCGCCAUCGAUGCGAACGGAAUCCUCGCCAUCCCUUUCGAAGCGACCUCGAUCGGUCUGGAAGGUUAUUACGCCGAGUUUGGUAACCGGGCUAUUGCGAGUAUCAAGUUGGAGAGGAAGAUAAAAGAUGCGGGCUUGAUCUUGGUUGCGACGAUCAAGUAUUGGAGUCCGAAGAGCCUUUGGGCAAAGGUGUUGGUGUUGACGGUGCUGGCGGCGUUGGUGAGGAGGAGGAUCGUAUUGGGGAGGGCGCCUUGA